AUGACUUACGUAGGGCUGUUGGCAUGUUAUGCUGGCCUUCUCGCGAGCGCCGCCGCACCACACUUCUCAUCGGCGAUUUCCCUUCGCGCUGGCACAGCGACAUCUCAGAAAAGCAGUCUCCGCACAAAUUUAUUUGCAUCCGGUCAAGAUUUGCUGCGGACGACGACGGCGCCCACAGCCAAUGAGAAAACUCAAGACUGCCUGGAGAUCAUAAACACGCUACGGAAGGAAAAUCUACAGGACCUCUUGGGAACCCUCACCAAGGCAGAGGAAAGUGACGUGACUGCAAGCCUGAAGAAGAUCAAAAUCGAGGGCUCAGAUGAACUUAGUACCGCGAAAAUUGCAGCAAAGCUUGCGGGCAGCGAUGCCCAAAACUGUGAAUCGGGCGAGAGCGCGAAUGCGAAGACGUAUCCCGGACUCGUAAUUCCAUUCCCGCAUACCACAGAUUUCGACUGCAACACUUUGAUCCAGGCAACUUACACAGCCGGACUCGAUCACCUCAAACAAUCGAACUUCGAGCCAUCGACAGGAACAUAUGAUGUUGACAAAACUCCAUUUAAUAACGUAGACGCCAGCAAUGUGGCGUUUCUCCUGUCGGCGAAAAGCACAAAGGUCUCAUGUGCCGCCACAGAAGACUGCGCUGGUGGCCACGACGUUUUAUUCUGCUACUUCAUCGAUCCACUUCAAAGUGGAGAUCAAGCUUUCACAACUGAGCUCUACAAUGCCCUCUGGGGAUUGGAAGCAGGCGCAGCGUCCAUCUCCGUUCCCAGCGUCGCCACCAUUCUUUUGGUCCUCGCUCUGGGGAUUUGGAAUUGA